ACCUUGCAUUGGUCUAUGACCACAAAAUCCCAAUAAAAUCCAUUGAAGUUUGAGGUAUUAUGACUUUUUUCAAGGAAUUGCAAGUCAAGUGUUGUUGGAAAAAGGGAAUACAAUAGCUGCCUGUACUGCUGCGAGAGUCUUCAAGGCAGGUGCAGAGGUCAAGUCAGAGGGCAGCGGUGUGAAGAGUGAGAGCUCCUUUUAAGGGAAGAGGCAGAUUUCCCCCUCUGCUCCCUGCAAAUAUUUUCUCUGCUGUUUGCCCUCUUAAUCCCCCUCAGCCCCCCUGAUACUGUCAGGAGCAAACCACCUCUGUUAUUUCAAUCAGUCAGCCCAACAUUUGCUCUCCGAAACCCCAGCGACCGUAAAGGAGUGGCGGGUUUCAUCAUCUGCUCGGCUGCUCCAGCAGAAAACACUCCACACUUGUGGUGCCAAAGCUGCUCUGCUCCGUUCAGCUGUGACCUGUGAGACAACUGCUCCUUUCUGAUGGGGGUGGAAGGAGUGGAGCCUGGGGUUGAGUCCGUCACUAAUAGACUGACUGAGCUGCCAUGAGCCUCUGAAGCUCGUCCUCCUCUUUCGUGUCUUUUCUUGCGUAUAAGCAGCACAACACCUUGGGGCAAAGCUUGCUCAUCAAAGAGGAGGUAAGGGAGAGGCAGCGUGGGAGUGUGUGCGGGUGAUUCGGUCGAGGACAUUACCUCAUGGAGGAUAAGCAGAGACUGAAGAGGUCUAACAGAGGUAACAGCCCUUGACUCCAUUGCUCUCUGCCGCUUAUCGGAGCAGCUUUUCUGCUCGGGUUCAGAGGGAAGUUUUGACAGCCAGGCUUUACAGCUCCCUGAUCUGUCACUCCUGACGGAGAGAGAAAGAGAGAGAGAAGGACAGGCAGAGUGACGAAGUGGUGACUUCAUCCCUUAUCCUAACAAGCCCUUCUCUCUCCCCCUCCUUUUCCGAGCUUCCCUUUUUCUCUUUUUGUUCCCUCCCAAUACUUCAGCGCAGCACGCUCAGGCAGCAUGCCAGUGUUCAUCUUGCUGCGCUCCCUGGUCAUCAGGCUCCUCAGCAGCAGACUGGCAGGCUCUCUGGCUCAGUUCCUCAGGAGAAGCCUCUCAACCGGCGCUGCCCACCUUGGCACGGCGUUGAGGCACAUCUGGGACCGCGUUCGAUCCCAGGAGUCAAAGGAAGCCGUCCUGGGCUGCGUCCUGUGCAUUCUCAACAUGCACAAGAAGGUGGAGAACUGAUCUCACUCUCUCUUCACUUUCUGAGCAAGAGACUGGACAGCUGUUUAGGGGACAUAAGUGAGUUUUCUAUAUAUAUAUUUUUUUACCAGGAUGUCUGAGAGUAUUGUAAGGAAGGUGCAGCCCUUCACCAUUGGAACCAGGCUCUCUGUUCCUUCUGUAACUAAAUGCCAGGAGUUUCCACAGAGUUAUCUGCCCAGUGAGGCUCUGGAUAAUUGCGUUUUACAGCGCAACCUGAACUCGCUCUACCUCAGCACAUCCCAGGUCUGUGCACAUGGCUCCCGUCUUGUUUUACCGACCGUCGACCAGACGGCCCCCGUCAAAAUCCAGCCGGAGCACGUGGCGGCGGAGGACCACCUCAACCAGAACAUCGCCUCUCCUUCUGCCGUCUCCAGAUCCAUCAAAAAGAUCACCAUCUCUGGGAGCAAAGACCAAUCAGACUCCAAGACAGUGCUGGGACCGGUCACAUGCUCCACGUCUGGAAACAACAACAACAACAACAACAUCAGCAGCAACAGCAGCAGCAGCAGCAGCAGCACUCCAGAUCAACAUCUGCCAAAAAUCGUGGAGGUUAGCUGCAAAAAUAAGCCCAGCUCUCAAUUUAAGGUUUUACUCAGCAAAGACGGAAGUGAUGAAUUUCUGCCUGUGCAGGAACAAACUUGGGAAAAACUAAAUGGAGAGAAAUCAGUCGAGAUUUCAGCACCUGAGCUGCAGAAAAAAGAGCUUGAGAGGAGAGAAAGUCAUCAGCAGGACGAAGCGCUGGCAGCUGCUAAAUCCCACGGUGAAUGCUUCACUCAGCGAAACUUUCUCUUCAACAAAGAAGCACUGCAGGCAGAAGCGUGGAUGAAAAGCAAACUCCAGGACCUGAAAGACGGAUGUAACGUUCAGCAUCGGCCCCUGCAUGACUGGGAGGAAGCCUCGCAGACGCUUCACAGAGACCUGAAAGACUUCGAGAACACCCUGAUUCAGCUCAACCAGCUGGGUGAACAGCUGAUCUGCAAGCUGAACCCAACGUCCGACCUGGUGAAGAAGCAGCUCAGUCAGCUCAGGGAACAGUGGCAAACCCUGAAGCAGAUGGCCGCAAAUCAGACCCACGCUCUGGGUGGAGCCAGGAGCCUGCAGGAAUUCAACAGGAAGGUGGACAAACUGGAAGCUUGGAUUAAAGAGAAGAAGGAAGAGGAGCAGUCUCUGGUGAGUGUCCUGGGGGAAAAUGUUGACAAAAUGCAGCUCACCAGGAGAAUUCUUGAUCUCAAACAGGAUGAGCAGCUCCACAGAAACCUGCAUGAGGAGAUCAACAACUUGGCCUUGAAGCUGGAGAAACUGGGGAAGGCAGAUGGCAAAAACAUCACCAUCAGGAAGAAACACAUCAAUAAAAUGUGGCUGAAGGUCCAGUCGUACCUGAAAAACUACCACGAGAACCUUCAGGUCGCGCUGGAGAUGUCGUCUUUUUACCAGCAGGCUGAUAAUACUCUGGAUGCUAUAAACAACAUGAGGAGAAGCAUGCCUGCAUCCAAAGACCUGGACACCUUUGGCGACAGAGAAAUCCGCGACAUUGCCGGUCAAAUCAUGAUGCUGGAUGUGAGCGUGUCUCAGCUGCCCAAACUGCACCCCGGCCUGGCUGCCGGCGUCACAAAGAAGCAGGCCGAAGUGAAAGACUGCUGGGCGCUCCUCCAGAGGGAUCUAAGGAGCGACAGGACGACAGACUCCCUCUCCGGCUCCACUUUCACCAGGGAAGACGCUGACCUCCUGACUCCAGCGCGAGAAGCCCAAUGCAUCAUGGGAUCUGAGACACAUGGGAUCAUGGGAAAAGAGGUGAAGGAGGAGCAGAACCGUCUGAAAGGCAGCAGAAGUAUCGUUGACGACCACAGUCAAACUCGGAGCAGCCAACAAGACGAGCAACAAUCAGUGAACCACAGCUCUUCACCAGAGGGAAAUGACUCACUCGGCGUAAACGAAGCCGUCAGCAGACAUGAACUAAGCAGAAAGCCGAGAGAGGAGCCCAGGCUUCCCUCCGGCCACCGGGGCCACCCACAGCUUCACCUGCAGCUCCAGAAGUUCACUUUGUCUGCAGACAAGACUUUGUCCUGGCUGAAAGACAACGUUUCCGUGGCAACACAGGUGUGUUUGAUAGCGAGCUCCGAGGGUCUGGAGGCCGCCAGAAGGUGUCAACAGGCCCUCGAACAAGAAAUCCUCAACAACAGAGCCAGGAUAGAGGUGGUCAAAAGGGAGGGUCACGGGCUGGUCCGUGCACAGCACCCAGGCAGCGCGAGGAUUGAGGAGUUCCUCAGCCAGCUGGAAGUCCUGUGGGAAGAACUGAGGAGGAGGCACCAGAGGAAUGCUGUGUUUCUGCAGGCCUCGGAGAAGCUGGGCUUCAGAGUUGUGAAAGUGCUCCAAGCCCUCGGCAGCCUGGAGGCCUGGCUGGAGUCCGUGGAGCUUUCCAUGAAGGCGUCCGCCAUCGCCGGCGACCCCGAAACCAUGAGCCGGGCCGAGAGGGAGAGCUGCCUGCUGGAGAAAGAGGUGGCAGCUCGCGGCGUGGAGCUCAGCGCUCUGAGGCAGGAGGUGGACCGCCUUCACGGCCACAGUCACCCCCACACACGGGGAUUGGCAGUGCGCAUGGAGGAGUUGGAGAGAAAGUAUCACUGUGUGCUCAGUGCCCUGACCCUACAGAGCUCAAAGCUGCAGGACACACGCAUGCUGACUGAGUUUCUGGAGCAUUUGGAGCUGGACGAGAGCCAGGAGCUCAUCGGAGGACAAUACAAUCUCAAUCAGCCUCUACGUAGUGACAUUUCCUCAGUCCCUACGUUACUUGGGCUCCAAAGCAGCGGUGUUGGAGACAAUCAGAUAGAAACUAUGGGCGACCCUGUGGAAGAGCUGCGGGAGGCCGUGGAGAUGCUGAACGACACUGUGAGGGAAAGAGGUCGAUCACAAAGCCACGAUCACGCCAUCCGGGAACUGCUCAGCAAGCAUGCCAGCCUUGCGGUGUGCGUGGAGGAGUGUUUGUGCAGCAGCAAGGAGCUGAGCCUGGAGAUCCUGGAGAAGGAGACAGACAUGGCCGUGCAGUGCGAGCCAGACCGCUGCGGCUUCGGGCCGCUCCAGGACAGACUGGGCCACCUGGAGAUUGACUAUGAAAUCAUGAAGGAGGAUGUAAAGAAGAUGGAGAACCAGGCUUUGCGUCUGAAGGACCUGUGUCCGGAGAAAGCAUACACAUUCGAGGUGAAGACCCAGUCUACACUGCAGGCCUGGAGCAAACUGGGGAAGAGCGUGAUGGACAACAGAUCUCGUCUGCAGGAGUUUGUGGAGCUCCAGGGCUUCUUCAGGAGCUACCUCGCCAUGAUCUCAUGGACCGAAGACACUAGGUCACGCAUUUUCUCAGACACUGCCCUGCACCUCAGGAGAGAAGGACAGCGGCCACUGGCGGCAGAGCUAGACAUCCAAAUCGAGCUAAAGUUUAACGAGUUUGACGAGCUGGCAGCCAAAGCAAAGACUCUUUUAAACAAAGAACACCAUCUCACACAGAUGGUGAAGGAACGAAUGGAGGAACUGAGGAGCAUGCUUGGGUGGAUCUCAGUGCACUGGAGAGCUCAGAAACAACAGUGGCUUCACAAACAGAACAGAGAGGAACCCUCACAUGAUAACAUUUACUCUGAGGCAACAAUGUGGAACUCAUUUAAAGAGAGUUUGGUUGCUGACCCCGAAAUCUUCCAACAAUCACAUGCCAUCAGGGCCUCUGACGACACAACAAAUGCAGCUGAACGCAACGAAGAGAGCGAAGGGAAAAUGUCGGAAGAUGGGUAUGAAAUCAUGAACAGGAUCGGCCCACGAGGCGAUUCUCCCAAAGCAAACAUUACGUUGGUGAAGGAGAGCAGCAGCCCACCUGUUGGAGGCGCUGUAAACCUCAUUCUUAGCUUUGGGAACACUGAGGACAGCCAAGUGCAGGUGCUCGACCUCCCUGCUGGGACAGAUGAGAUGUUGAAGGAGACCUCCGAGCCUAUUCACAGGCCCGCAGUGCCUCAGUCUUCUGCCUGUAAAAAGUUUUGGAGGCGUUGCCAGGGGAUUUUGGAAAAUACUUUCGGUAGUUUAAAGCGAAAGAAAAAGAUUUAUCGGCAGAGCGCAGAUGAGGUAAGUACUUACCUGCAUGUUAAGGACAACACCGUGGCUGUGGCCCCGGUGUACGAGAGUAUCACCCUUCCCCGCCUAAAGAGCCGUUCUGCAGCCUCAGACUCCCCUACUCUAUGGCCGUCCGCUUCCUCUUCCUGCUCUUCACAAUCUUCUCCUGUGACUGACCCACAAACAACCAACGUCGGCUUCCGCUCCACAACGGGAAGCGGCAGCAGCUCCAUCUUCUGCAGCCUCAAACGGAUGAGCAAGAAGAGGAAAAGGCAGCGAGACGAGCGCAGACACACAAUACAGAGAAUAUUGGACGUGGAUGAGCAAACCAGUGGGAUGCAGCAGUAUGACUCUGAGACGGUCACGUAUAACACUCAAACAUGGCCGCUGAAGGAAGGUCAGAGGAAAAAGAGCUUACAGAAGAACAGAAAUGUUGCAGGCACUGGGGCUUACAUGAAAAACCCUCUUCUGAAAGACAUCGAUUCAGAGUGUUCAGGUGAAAACAGCAUCACUCCGUACGCUGUAUCAUCCGGACCAACGACUUCCCCAUCAGAGGCUCCUGGGAGAAGCCACUGCAGAGUCCUCUCUUUGGGCUCAGUGUUGAGCUUCGAUCUGCCAAAAGACAUGACCCUCAUCCCCAGCAUUCAGGAAAUCAUCACAAUUGCCCCUCCAGAGUCUAAAAAAGCAGAUGCAACAUAUUCUGACCCUCUUUCUCAAAGAAAAACAGUUCUGAGCUCUUUCAGACAGACCCACGUCCUGGCGGCCAUCACAGGAAGUGAAAUUAGCUCUUCUGAAACACAGGAGUUAAUAGUUGCAGCAAAAGAUCUGCCUGAUGAGGAGGUGAGUUUACAACCAUCUUCCCUGGAAGACCCUUGUGCCGGAUCAGAGGAGAAGGACGAAAUCUCAUCAGAUACUAAAUCUACAACAAAUGAAAUCAGUCCGCCUUCAAAGCCGCCUAUUUACAUGAACCAAGUCCAUAACUGCUGCUCAGUCCCGCAUAAACACGAGUGUCUCAGUGUCCAUACGCUCAUCCGGGACCUGAAUGGACACCAGUUCCAUAAAUGCACAAAAUCCCAGUGUGAGCAUGAAAACAGUGCUCGGCUGAAAUCAAACCAAGCUUCUCUUGUACGAGUGAAUCUGAAGUCAACGAUGAGCGUCAGCGUUCGACAGGACUCUGUAGAUUCUGGCAUCUCCACCUCCAGCAGUUUCAAGCUUUGCACUGAUGCUCCCUGUCCGGAUCAGCCCCGGCCUAAAGGAGUGGUGGGGAAACUUAUUUCCCUUGAGGUGGGAGGCAUAGACCCGACUACAAGAGAAAACUAUGCCGCGUUCUCAAGUUCAUCCCCAGAAUCCGUGAAUAUUAACACAGAGCCGGUCCACGUCGACCACCAGCAGUUUGAGGAGGAAGAAGAAGAACUGGAGGACAUCUGGAAACAGAAUACCAACUACAGGCAGAGCAUCUGCUCAGACAUUAUGUACCAGCCGAACCAAACCGGAGAUCCACUUUCCAGCUCCCCUCCUGUCACAGAGCCACCUGUUCUCUACAGAAACCUGGUCACCGCCUCAGAACCAAACCUCCUCAUAGCCGAGUUCAAACUGCCCCCCCACAUCCAGAACUGUCUGGGUUAUGAGAAAUGGCAGAGCUCCAAAGAUCACCUCCCUCCUCUGGCCACAGCGGACCGGAGGUCCUGGGCGGCGUUUCCCAACAGGGAACCUGCCAGCAAGACUGCAGUGAUGCUGAACGAGACGGCGUCUGAUCCGGUGAAGCUUCCAGAUGUCGGCGACAAUCCGAGAUACGUUUACCAAUACAGAGAGGAGGAAGAGGGAGAACAGAAGGAGAUGAAGGAAGGAGAGGAGCUAACCACGUACUCACAGAACCAGUCUAUGAGUCUCCUUUCAGUCAAUAUGGGUUUGAACGAAGCCUGCCAGAAAAAUCUUAAAGACAUAGCAAAGCCUCAAGAACGAGUAGCCACAGGAGGGCGCUGUUUCAUCCUAAGUGGAAAACCGGAGCAUCAGUCUAUGGAGGGAACUCUGGAGAGGAAGCACAAGCUGCAGCUGGGAGGAAAGAAAGCUGCCUCCAGAGGCUGGAACUCCUACCACGCUGUCCUAUAUAGACACACCUUGUGCUUCUUCCAGGACAGAAAGGAUACACUGCGCAGCUCUGCAUGCGGUCUACCGCUGAACCUCAUGGGAGCUGAGUGCUCGGCUGCCCCAGACUACACCAAAAAACCCAACUGCUUCCGACUACGGCUCCGUGACGGGUCUGAAUACUUGUUUAAUACCACCUCCCGCUUCUUGAUGAAGAAGUGGAUCAUGAAAAUACAAGCAAGCACAGGUCAAAGUGAGCUCAUGUCUUCACCAACAAAUGUUCCUGGUGAUCAAGCCUUUCCCAUCUCUUUAUGCCAGGAUCAAACACUCUGCCAUUCCCAGCACAAAGUCACCCACACAUUCCCAAGGUUGAAACAGCAGAGCAGCGAUCAAACCAAAGAAAUUGUAGUUCUCACCAGAGAGCAGAGUCACAUGCUCCAGAGCCAAAGAGCGGACGAGAAGUCCAAGACCUCAUCCUUGGAUCCAGGCUGCUGUGAUGAUGAUGAUGAUGAUGAUGAAUGCAGCUUAACGCAGACAGUGACUCACAGACUUUCUGUAGACAACACUUCUCCUUCCUCCUCUCACUCCCCUGCAACCAGCAGCCAGAACUGGCUCAGCAGCAAGCACCGCUCCCACUCUUUUACGUCAGCAACCUACCAGAAGAUUAAACCCAUGCAACACUCUCCUGGAGGAGAAGGGGUGGAAAAAGGAUCCAACUACUGUGUGACUCUGGUGGUCGGGGCCAGUUCGGCAGACAGCUCGUCGAUAAGCAGAGGUCUGGAGCCUCCAGUGCUGCCCUCACCUUCAUGGCAGCCAGACGUGUUUAAGGACUCUGCUCUGAAAAGCUACUCGAGCCUCCCGCGACCUCGCAACAAAUCUGUCUUUAAAAAGUUCUUUGGGAAAAAAGAGCCCUGAGCGUAUACAUGCUGGUUUUUACAGAUAGUUUCUAACGUGCAGUGCACAUUUAAAUAAAAACACACUACUACUGACCAUAUUUAUGAGCAAAACACUUAUCCUAGUUAUGUUUUUGAUGCGUUUGUGAUAAAUCACUACAAAGCCUUAAAAGUCAUUAUAAAUAACCUGUUUUAUGAGUCUCUUUUUUUAUCCGUCUCUUUUUCAGUCGGAUAAAAACACAACUGCUAACACGCUGCAAAGUGUGCACUGUGUACUUACAGUUCAACUCAGAAGUGUACAUACAGUCAUCACUGAUAUGAAUGUCAUAUUAAUUCAGGACAAUGAAGGAUUUCUUUAAACGAUUUAUAUCAAGAUGGAAGGAUAAUGCAGCUUUCAACUUCAGUAAUUUCAGAAAACAAGAGUUGGAUUAACAAGUUUAAACAUUUUCUGUAUUUUUUGUGUGCUCAACAAAAAGUAAAUUGUCAAGUAUGGUGGUAGCAUCGUGCAGUGGGUUUACUGGACUGCCAACGGUACUGCUGCCUACUGGAUAGAAAAUUAAAGAAAAUGUCACCAAAUUCAUUCAUUUCAAGCUCCAAAAUACAUACAUACACCAUUAGCAAUAUUCGAAUGUCAUUAUGGGCAUUAAUGUCAUUAUUUUAGGUCUUUAAUGGAUUUCAGAGUGCAAUUUGAGCUGAUUUCUGAGCCACUGCAUUGUCAAAAUUAAACAUACACCCUCACUAAUAUGUCAAUAAAUGUUGCUCACCAAGUUGCGGAGAAACCACAGCCGUCCUCGAAACCCUGAUGUUCGUGGGAGCUAGGGACUGCCGGCAAAAGGCUAAAAGUUGCAAACACUUGAUACUCACUCUAAAAACGCUCCUAAAUGCCUGUUUUAAUAGUUGAAACACAAAUGUACCUUUAUAUGGCUUAUUAUGAUCUGUGGAAACUGUUUUUGCAUGACUACAGAAGCUAGCAUCCAUUGUCUAUCUUACUUCCGCUCUUCUGGGUAUAGCCAAUCAGCACCAAGGAAAAUGAACGGCACUCGUUGAUUGGCUGUCUUUCAAACACCAACCAAUAGCAUGUGAAGGAGCUUUGCUCCAACGUAUUUUAGCUUCCAAAGCUGCAUUUUCUUUAUAAUAUUUAAAAAAAAUGGUCUCUGAAAAAAAGGAUCAAUCAAUUAAAUUUUAUUUGUCUAGCACAUUUCAGCAACAAGGUAUUUCACAGUGCUUUACAAACAGAAAUACAAUCAUGUAACCAACCAAAACCUAUUGAAACACAAGGCACAUCCACCACACUGAAGCCUGUUUGGAGUCAUCUUAAAGAAUCGAAAAUUGACUUAAGACUCAAAUUUUAACCUUUUGAGAUGGUUCAGCUAAAAUGGCGAUCUCCAUCCUGCAAACAUUUUUUUACUGUUUAUUCAAUCUUCCUGUGUUUGUUCUUGAACAUUAUAAAAAAAAAAAUCAGAGAUUGACAGUUUGGGUGACAUAGACAUGGAUACAUGACAUGAAUAUCCAAAGCCUCUUUAUAUUUUCAAAAAAAGCUUUGAAUUCAACCAGAUGUAUAGUUUUGAUCUUGUGUGGAUCAGAGAAAAUAUUCAAUAAAUUAAACUUCUGCAUCAAUUUGUUGUUUAUAUGUUAAAGGUUGAAAUUGACUUUCACAUUUAUGAUGGUUUUAUGUAAACUUCUGGAACUGUUUUGAUUGUUUUUGAUCAUCACUCUUGUACAUUUCUUUUCAUUUUCUCCCUGUUGUGCUUUGGGUUAUCUGUUCCCCUUUAUGUUAACCUAAAUAUUAAUACGUUAAGCUCUCAGUGCCUUCAGUUACGUUGCAUUUUAUCUGCUCCUCAAUUAUGAAUUCACAGUUUGAUACUGUUUGAUCUCGUGUGAUUUAACUACUUUUUUCCACCUUCUGAGGCAAAGACUAAAUACUUAAUAAAACUCAAAACAAGGUUUUGCUUUUGCUGUGAUUAAAGAUUAAUUUUUGACACA